UUCGAGCGGAGCGGAGCGGAGGUGGCGGCGCCGGCCGGGGACCUCAGGGUGGCAAAGAAGCGAUUUAUCUGCACCACAACCUUGAAAAGUAGUCUGGACCAAACUGAGAAGAUAUACCCAAAGCCCUCCAGCUUUUAUAGUAUGGACGAAGCAGCAGGUGACUUAAAACAGGCUCUUCCAAAUGACUGUGAGUUCCUGCAGAUACAGGUAGAAGUUCAUCAAAAAUCAAACAGCACUGCAAAGAGAGAAGAUAUUAAGGAGAGUAUCCUAAAAUUGCUAAAUAGGCAUAACAUUAUCUUUGGUGAUUAUAAGUGGACUGAGUUUGAUGAUUGCUUCCUGACAAAUAACGUGCAAUCUGUUGCAAUUGUGGAUACAGAGCUAAAAGUAAAAGAAAGACAGCCGAUUAACUUGAGCGAGUGUCAUCUUUGCAUUCAUAUUUUUCAUCUUAAUGAGGAAGGCCCCAGUACUGAAAACCUGGAAGAAGAGAAUGAGAAUAUCAUUGCGGCUAAUCACUGGGUGUUACCUACAGCUGAAUUCCAUGGUCUUUGGGAGAGCCUUAUUUAUGAUGAUGAAGUAAAAUCAGAUUUACUAGAUUAUGUGACCACAACAUUACUGUUCUCAGACAGAAACGUCGACAGCAACUUGAUAUCGUGGAACAGAGUUGUCCUAUUGCAUGGCCCUCCAGGCACUGGUAAAACUUCCCUGUGUAAAGCACUGGCUCAGAAGCUGUCCAUUAGACUUUCACAUAGGUACAGCUACGGACAGCUGAUCGAGAUAAACAGCCAUAGCCUCUUCUCUAAGUGGUUCUCUGAGAGUGGCAAACUUGUUACCAAAAUGUUCCAGAAGAUUCACGAGUUCAUUGAUGACAGAGAUGCCCUUGUAUUUGUGCUGAUCGAUGAGGUGGAAAGUCUCACAGCCGCCCGUAACUCUUGUCAGGCCGGCACGGAGCCUUCCGAUGCCAUCCGUGUUGUCAAUGCAGUCUUGACACAAAUUGAUCAGAUCAAAAGGUUUCCUAAUGUAGUUAUCUUGACCACUUCAAAUAUCACGGAUAAAAUUGAUAUGGCUUUUGUAGAUAGAGCUGAUAUUAAGCAAUACAUUGGACCACCUCCCACUGCAGCAAUAUUCAAAAUCUACCUUUCCUGCUUGGAAGAACUGAUGAAGUGUCAAAUAAUAUAUCCUCGGCAGCAAUUGCUGACACUUCGCGAGUUAGAGGUGAUUGGUUAUGUAGAAAACGAUGUAUCGAAACUCAGUCUCAUUUUGAAAGAAAUUGCAAGGAAAAGUGCAGGACUCAGUGGCCGUGUCUUACGGAAACUUCCUUUUCUAGCCCACGCGCUUUACAUUCAAUCUCCUAAUGUUACAAUGGCUGCAUUCCUUCGGGCUCUGUCACUGGUGGUGGACAAGCAAUUUGAAGAAAGAGCCAAGCUUUCAGACUGCGUUUGACGUUUCCUCCUCUGUAGCCCCUUCUGUGUCUGUAACACUUUCCAUAAUUGUAUCGUUGGGGCGUUUGUCAUUCUGCAGGAUCCAUGGGACUUCUUAAAUAAGGAUUGAUAAAAACUUUGAGUAAGGACAAUUUAGGGAAACUACGCUUUUUUCUCAUCCAACAAUUAGCCAAAUUAACUUAAGCUUCCUUGAGUGAUUUUGUAUAUUGUUGUUUUGUUUAGUUCCUAGCUUGACUCCUAUUUUUCACUUUUUUAAAUGAUCCCUUGGAGAGUUGUAUUAAACGUUUUCUACUGUG